AUGUCCACGAUCCAAGGCCAGGCUGCAUCGCGUCAAUAUGUACCUGAUAUCUUUAUUGAAGGCGCCAUCAAAUUGACAUUAGGGAAGACGCAUCUAGUUAUCUACGCCGUGGAGAAUGGCGAGAAUGGCGAGCAUGGGUCUGAUUUUCUGAUCCCUUCCAGAGAUGGAAAGCUGGACUUCGAGGCUGAGAAUGCAUGGAAAGAAUACGGUGUCGACUUCAAGCAAUUCUGGAAAUGA